AUGAUGGAGCUGUGGAACAAAUUCUCCGCGGAUAGCGAUGGUUCAAUCAGGAGGGUAUUGGCUGGACCGAUGGAUGUCGGCAAAUCCUACCUUGCAAUAUUCCUUGCAGCAAAAGCGUAUGCAGAAGGCUGGCCAACACUUUAUGUCGCGAAUGCCGCUGCACUAGCCAAGUCGGCUGUGGCUGAUAAGAAUGGCGCUCGAGUUGUCUUCGCAGGGACGGCGCAUGCCUCAUGUGAAAGAGUCUACAUCUCGUAUGACAUCGAGAAUUGGGUGGAGUUUGUUGGGCCUUUAUCGGACAAUAUCUUCGGCAGGAUUCUAUCUUUGAGUGCCUUGCCAUCGAGGGAUGCCGUAAUAAAGGAGGUGGAGAGAGUAACCAAUAAUGUCCCAAGAGAGGUCGUCAAACUAAUAGACUAUAUUGGUGAUGCCAGUGGACUUGAUGACGACACUAUCAGGAUCGGCAGAUUCGAAUCGGAGCGGUGUAACACAUUCAGAUUAUCAAUGGGCAAUAUCAAGGAGAGCGUGUUUUCAUUUCCCGCAUACCGCUUACAACGAUUGAUGACCGCUCUUCUCCAGUUAUGUUCUGCAGACGCCAAUUUUCAGUCAAGUCCGCCUUCGCCAUAA